AUGGUUGCAAAGGUAUUCCUACUAACUCUCCUGGUGGCCGUCGCCAGUGCCACAUCCGUGACCCAGGACACGAGCAUGGUCGGCUAUCGCAAGGCCAUGGACAUGUUCCUUGAUGCCUGGAAGAAGAUGAUGCCGUGUGGCUUUCCUUCGCAAAAUAUUCCAGUUCUUGCUCCACUGAAAGUCGAUUUCUACGCGUUCAACUACGUCAACGGAGAGACCAACCUGGCUGGCAAUGUGAGCAACAUCCGCAUCUCGGGUCUGAACAACUUCCAUGUGCUGAGUGGCAGCUACGAUCCCAACACCCUCCACGCCACCUUUGACCUGAUGUACCCGGAGAUUCAGAUCUUGGGUUCCUAUGAAGUGGAGGGAACAAUCGGUAUUGGUGGCUUCCCUAUGCCCAUCCGCCAGAGCGUUCUGAUCAACAAGAAACUGUCAGACUGGCGUUACGUUGGCGAUUACACCUUUGCCCAGAGCUUAAACAACUCCAAUGGACUGCGCAUAGCCGACUUCAACCUGCAAUACUUCGUUGCCGAUGUUCAGGCCGACAACUGGGACAAAUUCAUGGACAUCGCCGCCAACAACUACUUCAACAGUUUCAUUAGCUCCUUCUCUCUGCUGUUCACUGAGGAAAUUCAGCCUUAUGUCAACUCCCUAUAUGAGAAGUACACGUUACCCGUGCUCAAUGACCUGCUCUCCAAUAUGGACAUGACCCAGCUGACCGAUUAUCUCCUUAUGCAAGCCGAGAUGUGGAGCAACGCCGUCUGCACUGUUAAGGCUUAA